AGUCCUUUCGAUUGGUCUGUAUGUCGUCUUUAUGUAGUCUGUACAGAAAAAUGAAUUAUUAAUUAGCUAGUACAGUAACCAACAGUAACGAAGAGAAGCUCGCAAGCACUUUCAAGUGAUACGUAAUAAUAAACGUUUGUUUCGAAAUGGCCCAAGGAAAAAUAAAAGUGAAGUCCAAGCUGCCUCCUUCGACGAAGGGAAAAGCCAAGGAGAAAAGUAAGAAGAAAGGCCCGGUUGUUCAACGCAGAAAUAAUGCACCAAUUCAGCCAAAGAAGAAGAAGCUCGAAGAUGCACACAAGUUGAAGCAGAUGAUUACCAGAACAGUCAAUAAGGCAAUGGAGGAUGAAUUGCGAGAGAAAGCUUUGGAUGGGAAAAAGUCCCUCACUAAAAAGGAGCCCGCUGCUAAACGUAAAAAAUAAUUCAGCGCUUUGUUUGUAUUUUAAUGUUAAGGAAGUGUUACUUUCUUUCUUUGUCUCGGAGUAUUAAUAAUAGAUAAGAUUAAGGUAUCUGUACAUAAAGUUUUGUAUAAUAUGUACAAAGAAAAAUAAAAGAUAUCUUACAUUUUACAAUUAAA